AUGAGCACACUGUCGCCGGCAUUCGGCUCGGCCAACUACGACCACAACAACGACCACGACGAUGCCGACGCCGCAGAACGACUACGCCGAAGCGGAGGAUCACGACAGGCCAGGAAGCUGCAGCUGCGUAAUGCUGGCUUCAGAGGGGGCACCAUAGCCACCAGGAAACUCACGCCCAAAUCGAUACCUUCGAGCACGUGGUCAGCAGGGGGCGAGUACGAGGCUUCGUCUGGCACGGAGAAUGUACCACCCUUAAUGCAAGAUGUACGUACGCCCGGUAGCAACAGGCGAGUUUCGAGUGGGAUCCUGCAGGACAUCGGCAAUGGUACCAUCACGAGGCGGAAGAGGACGAAUCCGAGGAUAAGCUCCGCUAAGUGGAGUGACUCUGAUGGCUCGCCCGCCGAGAAGCCGUAUGCCACUACGCCGUUCUCGAGGGUGCAGAGUAAUGGGACCGUACGACAGCGGAGUGUAAAGACAAGGCCAAAGGUGGCUCACAAACGACGGUCUGUGAGCUCGGAGACGAGCAAGUACAUUGAGCAUCUGGAGGCCGAGCUAGCCGCAUCACAAUCGCAACUCUCGAGGAUCAACUCGCCUACUGUUACGAGACAGCAGAGCACGAAGAUGCGGACGAUGGACGCCGAGACGCGGGUAUUGCAGAAGGAGGUUGAGGAUUGGGAGACUCAAUACGAGAAGCGAGUACAGGAGGAGGUGGACAGGCAUGCUGAGGUGGAAACGAACUUGCGAGGUCGACUUCGAACUCUCGAGCAAGACUACGAGGAGACUCAAUUUCGGAUGCGAGAGCUGGAGACACAAGUCGCAGCCGCCACGCAGAGUAUGGAGGCUGCCGAAGCAGCGAACGUGAAUCUGGAGCGGCGCAUCGAGAUCAUGUCCGAGCUGCUGGCCGCCUCGCCUUCGAAGAUCGACUUGCAUGCUGAGACCCCGGGACGGUCAAGGAAGCACGCACGACCCAAGUCCAUGCUACCGCGCUUUCCAACAGCGAGCUCACUGCUGGGCUCUCCCGAGCGGCAUCCGCAAACCCAGCCUCCUUCACCGCUUCUGAGCUUCACGAACUACAGCCCGGAGGUGACAGCAUCCCCCGUGCAAUCGGUCUGCCGCCUAGACAUCUCCUCGCAGCAAUCAGACUACAUGUCCGAAGCAGAAUCGGUCUUCAGCGAAGCCUCAGUCGCCGGCGAUAGUAUGACCUCAGCCGAGAACUUCGAAGGCCCAUCGAACCACAAUCCAUGGAUGCUGCCUCCACCGCUGCCUCAUCACCGCUCGAAGCCUGCGAGGCGGAUGCGGAGAUUCGGCGCGGGCAGCAUGGGACCUAAGCCGUUGAUCUUGCCUUCGACGUCGCGUUGCGAUCAGUUCCCGACGGCGUCUGCUCCUGGGCUUGAGCGGAGUGAGACCACGCCGGCUUUCUUCCCGAACCCGGCGCUGAGUUCUCAUGGGAGUCAUAGUCCGUUGCUGGGGAGGAGGAGAGCUUCUACGAUGGCGAAUGGCGAGACCUUGGCUGCUCUUGACCCGUCGCCGUUUUCCCCUGAUGAGCCUCUGCAGGACUGUGGAGAAGACACACUUAUGAGCUUCCAUACGUCUUCUUCGCCCAGCUCACGGCCAGUAACACGAGAUUUGUCCUCCCUAGGGUCCAUGAGAGGAAGAAACCUCAUGGAAGAGCUUUCGACGGCAUGGAUUAAGGACUCUGACGCGAGCAGUCAACUACUUGUGGAAGGACAAGACAUAUCGAGCUCCCGCCCAAGCUCAAGUGCUGCGCCGGACGUCCCAAGUGCGCUCGGCGAAGACACUACACUCAUCCACGGCACCCUCACGCAUGCACAUGACAUCCCAGUGCUGGAACACCGAGCAGCGUCCGCAUCCACAGCUCUUGUACGGCCACGGCGGCGGAGAGCCAGCUCUCCUAACUUGAGCGCGCCCGCAAUAUACUCCGCCUCCAUCUUCGAACGUCUCCAUUUCCUGUUCUCCGACCUCUGGAGAUCCCCAGUCGACCUUGCGCGCCACUUCGUCCGAACAGCGCAAGCCUGCAUCCGCAUCCCUCGCACCCUUCUCAACUUCCAAUACUGGCUCGUCGGCGCCCUUCUCGGCCCACUAGCUCGACGCCGCGCUCUCGAAGACAUCACCCACCCUAACUACACCGAAGAAUCAUCCUCCCUUCUCGAAAGUAGCCCGGACACACCCACCGAAGACAGUAACCUAGCCUACGGGACCCUCCAGCCCUCCCCCGCACGCAAAUCUCCCAACCCCUCCUCCGCUCUCCGCAAGAAGCGCGCAACGCAUAAGCUGCGCUGUCCGCAUCGCCGCCGCGCGAAACACAGUCCGCUGCUCUGGAUCAAGUUUUCUGUUACGCUUGCUGUGGCCGUUGGAGCGGCGUUCAAAGAUGGGCCGGGGAGUUUGUUGGAGAGGGGGGGUUGUACGUGUCAGGUGGAGAGGAGGCUUGAGAGGAGGAGGUCUACGGGGGUGGAUGGUGGGGGGUUGGUGUGA